UUCAGUCAAAGAAGCCUGGCUGAGAUUACGGAACUGAUCCACACUGCCUUUCUGGUGCAUCGUGGCAUAGUGAAUAUUGGUGAGCUCAAGUCCUGCGAUGGCCCACUGAAGGAUAUGCAGUUUGGAAAUAAAAUGGCUGUUCUGAGUGGAGAUUUUCUUCUAGCAAAUGCUUGCACAAGCCUUGCACAGUUGCAAAAUACCAAGGUUGUGGAACUCAUUUCAAGUGCUAUUGGUGACUUGGUUCAAGGCAUAUAUUAUGAAAACUCAAAAUCAUCUGAGAACUGUCUUACAGAUGAUAUUGGCAUAUCUACAUGGAAGGAGCAGGUUUUCCUGUCCCAUAGUGCCUUGCUAGCAAAGAGCUGCCAGGCUGCAAUGGAGCUAGCAAAGCACAGUGCUGAGAUUCAGGAUAUGGCAUUUCAGUAUGGAAAGCACAUGUCUAUGAGUCAUAAGCUACAUUCAGACCUUCAGCCAUUUGUUAAAGAAAGUUCUAGUGACACCACGGCCUUCAGUUUGAAUUCUGCUCCUGCAGUCCUCCAUCAGGAAUUCCUUGGAAGGGAGGCAUGGAUUAAACAGAUCAGAGAGGCACAAGGAAAAGGAAAUAUAAUGGACUACAAGAAGCUGCAGGAAGCGAUCAAGGCCGGCAAAGGUGUGACUUCUGCCAUCGACCUGUGCCGUCAGCACGGAAGCAGAGCUCUGGCAGCCCUGGAGUGCUUCCCUCCCUCCGAGGCCAGGGCUGCCUUGGCCAACAUCGUUUACGCCGCGACCAGGUUUCCCUGA